UGCACCACUAGACUAUAUAUUGGGGAAAAGAACCUCAUCCCUCUUCAGCCAACAUAAUCAAGAAGACAGGGAUGGAGCAGCAACCUAAGAUGGUGACCGGAUGGGCGGCAAGAGACGCCAACGGGCUGCUCUCUCCUUUCUCUUACCCCCUCAGAGCUAAGGGAGACGAAGACGUCGUUGUCAAGAUACUGUUCUGUGGCAUUUGCCACUCUGAUCUUUCUACUAUCAAGAACGAGUGGGGCAACGCCAAGUAUCCCGUAGUACCAGGUCAUGAAAUCGUUGGGGUCGUCGCCGAGGUCGGGAGCAGCGUGGCGAGGUUCGCCGCCGGCGACACUGUCGGCGUCGGGUACAUCGCCAGCACAUGCCGCGCCUGCGCCAACUGCCGCGACGGCUUCGAGAACUACUGCGCGGGCCUCGUGCCGUCCUUCAACGCCGCGCUCCCCGACGGCGCUACGGUGCACGGCGGCUUCUCGGAGCUGGCCGUCGUCAACCAGCGGUACGUCGUCCGGAUCCCCGGCGGCGGCGGCGGCGCGUCGCCGGCGCCGCUCGACCGCUUGGCGCCGCUGCUGUGCGCCGGCGUCACGGUGUACUGCCCCAUGAGGCGGCUCGGGCUGGACAGGCCAGGGGUGCACCUCGGCGUGGCCGGGCUCGGCGGCCUCGGCCAUCUCGCUGUCAAGUUCGGCAAGGCGUUCGGCGUGAAGGUGACCGUGAUCAGCACCAGCCCGUGGAAGGAAGCGGAGGCCGUGGAGAGGCUUGGCGCCGACGCGUUCUUGCUCAGCACCAACGCCGAACAGAUGAAGGCAGCUGCGGGCACCAUGGAUGGCAUCAUCGACACGGUCUCGGCGGUGCACGACCUGACGCCACUCAUCACGCUGCUGCGGACUCACGGCCAGCUCGUCCCGGUCGGAUCGCCGGGAAAGCCGGUGCAACUAGCCCUGUACCCUCUGCAAUCAGAUGGGAAGAGCGUGGCCGGGAGCAUGAUCGGCGGGAUGAGGGAUACGCAGGAGAUGGUCGACUUCGCCGUCGAGCACGGCGUCGCCGCCGAGGUGGAGGUCAUCGGCAUGGAGGACGUCAACGGCGCGAUGGAGAGGCUGCAGAAGGGAGACGUGAGGUACAGGUUUGUGAUCGACGUAGCCAACACAAUGGCCCGUGCUCGUUAGAGUUUGUUUGUGGUGGUGGUUUCUCAGGGACAGAAGAAGCAAGAGAUGCAUUGAACUAUGAUUUUUCGAAGUCAGGACUGAAGAACGUGAUAAGAUUCAGUCAAAACUGAAGAACAUGAUAAGAUUCACUUUGCUCCUCCUUUUACUUGCCAUUGCUUGUGUUUCGUGUAAGCGAGGAGUGGAGUAUGCGGCUAUGCCCAUGCAUCGCCGUGGAAAUCCUGUUUAUCAGUGAUAGAAUUUCAUAGUGUAUUCGAAAAUGCGCAAGGGAAUGAAAGUUUUAUAGAUUAGUAAUGGUGAGCUAACUUUGGAAAGAAGCUGAAUCAUAGCCAUAAAAAUCACUGAUUGAACGGUUGGCAUGUCAAUAAAAGGAAAAAUCCCCUUUUCCAUCUGAGAACAGUGCUUACUACUGCUGAGAAUAAGCGUACAUCCAUUGAAGGGGGAAAAAAGAAGGGCUGAAGAUUAAAGAGAAACGUGAAUACAUGAUAUUAUUCCUCGGGUAGUUGCAUACGGAUAAGAUGUGAUAGGGUUACACUUUUAAGGCUGUACUACGUGCUACUGCUGCAUAUAUACGAGGCAGUUAUUCUAUCUUUUUAUACUUUUAUCUGUGCUGUGUAUAUCACAAACUUAGAAUUAUCGGGACCCCCGCGUCGCUCUCGCGCGGGCGGCUCGGGGGCGAAACCCUAGCCGCCCGCGCCGCCACACCCUCAUCCCCCUCCUCCACCUCGCCGCCGCCGGAGCUCGCCGGUGGCAAAGCCGGCGGCGUGCCGGGAAGGCGGCGGCGAGGCCCAAACGGCUCGGCGGAACCGGCCCCUGCGCGAGGAGGACGGAGAACGCCGACGAUGGCGCGGCCGGAGGUGGAGACGACAGUUCGGCUUGGGGCGGCGGAUCCGGCGCCCCUGUGGCCGGAUCUGGCCUCCCCACCCACGGAUCCGGUCGGCACGGUGAGAGGCGCGAUGGAGGCGGAGCGGGCGGCGAGCGGCGCGGGCGUGCCCUGCCGGUGCAGCGGGCGGCAAGAUGGGCGGCAAGAUGGACGCGAUGUGGGCGGCGGGCGGCGCGACGCGGGCCCCGGCCGGCGCGGCGGCGGCGUGGGUUGGGGUUGCUGCGGCGACGGCGCCUGCUCCUGCUCUGCCUCGUGCCCCCGCCCGGCGUCGUUGUCAGAUGGCGCGUAGGAGGAAGGCGAGGCCGGCAGCCAGGGCGAGGCGGCGGCCGGUGGUGUGCGAGGUGGUGCUGGCCGGACACGCGGCCUUGGCCCGAUGUCCGGCGGCGUGAGGCUGUGGAGGUGCUGCGCGAGGAGCAAGCCGGCGGUGGUGACGGGGUCAUCAAGUGGCUGGCUGCCAUUGGUGACCUCAGUGGCUUUCUGCAGCAUGCAGGAAGCGGUUUGGCAGUGAAGAGUUCAUCCUCUGUAUUGCCAGCUUGACCUGCGGGGUGGUAGACUGAGCUUGGGUGUUGAAGGGAUGGCGUGGUGGUCUGGCGAUGGUCGUUGUGCAGGAUGGUUGUGUGGGGUUUUGAUGGGAAACCGCUGGCGAAAGCCUUGCCAGGCCAUGGGCUGGCAUGACGACGGCGACGCCAUUUGGCGCCGUUCCCCUCCUUGGAGGCGUCGUCCUGGCAUUGACCCCUCGUAACACGAAGAACCCUCUACGCGCAAUGGUAGCCUUGGUGGACUCCUGCAAUGUCCCCAAAGCUCUUCAGGUCUAGGGUGUUUGACGAGGCCUCACUUCCUUGGCUUCGUUCCUUGCUACAACGGGUGUUCAUCACUCUUAUCUGGUUACUGUGGGGUAGAGUCGGAACUGCUUUGCUGGGGGCGACGAAGCUUGGCAACAAUGACACACUGCAAUUUCUUUAUAGGAUUGUUGAUGCUAGCUGUGUGUAGGAGUGGUUCCUUGGUAGCUUGGGCUGAUGUCCUUCGUGGGUGUCGUUCUUGUUUGUUCAUUUUGGCGUUGGGAUAGCAUCACAUUGAAGUCGAAGCUGCUGUGUCACUUGGGUGACAAGCUUGGCAACGAUAACAUGUGUAAGCUGCCGUGUUGUCUCAAAUGGCAAGCUUGGCCGAUGCCUUGUGUCGGGCUCUGUCGUGGUAGUUUAGGAUAGGUUAGCUGUUGGUGUGGUGUUGUAGUUGUGGUUUUCGCUCAGUUUUCUCUAAUUAACUGAGCACUGUAAAGUUUGAUCCCGUUUUCUUCUCAAAAUGGGAUAUCUUCUUCUUAAUAUAAAAUGUCGGCAACGGCCUGACCGUAGGUUUCAAAAAAUAUA